UCGAAGAUUACAGUAGUACUGAUUCCUCUGUUUUCAAUAAUGCAUAACGUUUAUUUAUUAAUCGCAAUUAUAGUGGUUAAUUCAGCUCCUUCCUUCGGGAAAAGUAAAGACUAUUGCAGUGCUGCAUACAAAAAGAUAUGCGAAUAUAAGGGAGAACAUGUUGGAUGUCGACCAAAAGACUUUUCGCACUAUCCCUCGUGCAGUAAUCAGCAUCCGAAGAUAAUAUCCAUGAAAUCGAACUACAAAAAGUUUAUUCUUAAGCGUCAUAAUGAGCUCAGAAAUAAAUUGGCCAGUGGAACCAUGACUUCAACUCAUGGGAUGUUCCCCAGUGCUAUGAACAUGCCGGAAUUGAAAUGGGACGAUGAAUUGGCAAAGCUUGCCGAACACAAUGUCAAACAAUGUACAAUGAACCACGAUCGCUGUCGAAGCACAUUAAAAUUUCCUGAUGCUGGUCAAAAUAUCUACUACUCGUCAUGGUCUCAAAAAAGACCAAAGGAUAAGACAAACCUAAUUGGGGAAGCAAUCCAAGCAUGGUGGGAUGAACAUAAGGAUUUUUACAUCAACGAAGUCGAUAAAUAUGAAGGCCAAAGUAGAGGGGUACUACAUUUCACCGCAAUGGCAGUCGAUUAUCAAACCCAUGUUGGAUGUGCCAUUUCGGAAUAUGACUACGCCGGCAGCGGAGACACGUUUCUGAUGACAUGCAACUAUUCGUCGUGGACCUGGAUGAGUAAACCAAUAUACCAAAAAGGUCGUGCGUGUUCCAAGUGUAAAAAAUGCGACAAGACUUACAAAUCUUUGUGUGAUUAGAUGCAGUUAAUUGAUCACAGGAACAUGAUGGGUCUUGUUAAAGAUUUGGAAAAUAAAAAUGGCAUUAUCAAACCUGUUUACACAAAAA